AUGAAUUCUUAUGCUGAGGAUUUAUCACGUAUUCAACCACAUAUUCUUUAUCAACUUCAACCUACUCAUAUAGCCAGUUAUUUACCCUCAACAAGAAUAAACCAUGGUCCUCUUCAACAACUGCCACAGUCUCUGCCUCCACAUCAGUUUCUGAUUAAACAUCCUACUCAGACUCCAGGUCAGCCUGUGUCACCAGCUCUGUCUCUGGCUCAGCAUCUGUCACCAGCUCAGUCUCAGGCUCCGGCUCAGCAUCUGUCACCAGCUCCGGCUCCAUCUCAGCAUCUGUCACUAGCUCCGGCUCCAUCUCAGCGUCUGUCACCAGCUCAGCCUCUGCCACCAGCUCAGGCCGCAUCUCUGCUUCCACCAUCAGCACAGGCCCCAGCCCAGCCUUCACCACCAGUUCGGGCCCUGGUUCAGCUGCCACUCCUAGUGUCUCCACCUUCACCUCGCUCAGACUUUGCCUCCAGCUCAGACUUUGCCUCCAGCUCAGACUUUGCCUCCAGCUCAGACUUUGCCUCCAGCUCAGACUUUGCCUCCAGCUCAGACUUUGCCUCCAGCUCAGACUUUGCCUCCAGCUCAGACUUUGCCUCCAGCUCAGACUUUGCCUCCAGCUCAGACUUGCCUCCAGCUCAGACUUUGCCUCCAGCUCAGACUUUGCCUCCAGCUCAGACUUUGCCUCCAGCUCAGACUUUGCCUCCAGCUCAGACUUUGCCUCCAGCUCAGACUUUGCCUCCAGCUCAGACUUUGCCUCCAGCUCAGACUAAAUCUUUAUGUUCACUUCACUCUCUGGUCAAAUCUUUGCCAGAGUCUCUGUCUGUUUCUCUCACUGAACCUCUCUUAAUGGCGGCGCAAACAAUAAACAUUCAAAGAAAUGACCAAGGAAAAAGUCAUGUGAGCAGAAAUAAUUCUGCAAAAUUAAAAUAUUUUCAAAGUUGGAUGGUUCAGUCUGAAGAAUCCCUCCAGAAACAGCAUGCUGCCUUUCACAAAGCAUCUUUUGGUCAAGUUUUAUUCUGCUGUUUUACACUUGAUUCUGAAUGGUUCUUCUGUCUUGAAGAAAUUGGUCUUCCCGUGAGAGCAUGUCGAGAUGAACUGAAAAAUUGUUUAACAGAUGAAGAUCUUGAUUGCAUGCUUCUUAUUGAAGAUAUUUUCACUACUUUAAUUCAUCUCACAAAAAACCAUGCUUAUUUGGUGAAAAUGAUGGAUGCCGUGGAGAAAAUAGAAAUGGCUGUGUUAAAAGAUACCGAUAUGUUGGUGGAAUAUUUAUUGGAAAAGGCUCAGCCUCUGCAGAUAGUACAGCAGACUUGGAAUGAAGUUUUCCAUCAGUCCGAUGCAUCUGAGCAAAAGAAAGUUCUGACUUUGUUUCUAAUGAAGUUAUAUCAACAGCAUGUGAAAAACUUUGAUAAUGCUGUCAACUCAUGGGAAAAAGUACGAAAUUUAUCAAUACAGGACACCUAUAUUGCUGACACUCUGCAAGAAAAGGGUGAGGAGCAAUUGAAGAAUGGCAACCUAGAAGAUGCUCUUGGAUUUUUUAAUGAAGCUAUUAAUAAUUGUCCACUGGAUGUUAAAAGUUAUAAGCAAAGAGCUAAAAUUCAUGAAAUGCUGAAAAACUAUAAACUUUCCUCUUGUGACUUGAUAAGAGUUCAUGUACUUGAACCUGAUUGGAAAGAGGGCUACGUUAUUCAUGGUAAAAUCUUAAAAAACCUAGAUGAUCAGUGGACCAGAUAUUGUUUUAAACUGAUUGAUAAAUGGAAAGUUGGUGCCAACUAUUAUUACAUCAUUGAAACUGUUCAAGAAGAUACACCGAACAAAGAAAAUGAUUGUAUCAGUCCUCCUCCAGUUGAAGAGAAAAAGAAUGAAGAAAAAUGUGAAGAAAAGAUUCCAUUACCAAGAAAUGAUUCUGAUGAACUUGUUCAGAAAGCCAUGAAUUUGUAUAAACAACAAAAAUUCAAGGGAAUGUUGCAGUUGUUUAAAGCAAAUAUUUUGGAAACUACAUUAUAUCAACUUGCUCUUUUAUCCCACAUUCAUUUGAAACAGUUAGAUGAAGCCCGGCAGUUGGCAUCAACAGCCAUUCAAACAUUUACAGACUCUAGGCAGUUUUCGGGAGAUGAUCAAGAGGUUACUAAUUUGAAGAAAAUGUUUAGCUUUAUAAAGUGUCUUCCGUCCACUUCAUUUGGUCAGUGUGACAUAUGUAAAACCGGUCAGCAAUCUAAUGUAGCCGAUGUUUACAUUUAUGAAGAUUUUUCCAUGCUUGAUGACCUUUUCCAUAAGGGCUUUGUAGUGCUAAGGUGUGAAAACAGAUGCAGAAUUUUAUUUCAUUUUGAGUGUCUCUCUGGAUCGAAUGACUUCAUUUGGAAAAUGUCUACAUUACAGAAUUAUAUUAGAACUAUCUGUUCAACCCCAGACUGUCAGUCAUGCAUCAUCAUGGCAGAAGCCUUUUUUGUAGAUAAUACUGAAUCAAUUAAAGUUGUUGACAGUGUUUUAGGAUUUAAAAGACAAGAAAUAGUCAAUCCAACUGGACUAUCUGGAACCAAUUUAACAGCUCAAAAUCCAGAACCAAAUAAUAAUGUUACCAGUGCAUUGACCUCCUCAGAUGAAGCUACAUCACCCAGUGACCAUUCUGAAGGUUCAACGCCAGACACAAACCAUGCAUCUGGACAAGCACAUGCUGCAGGGUUAAAUGAAAAGAGAGAGACAAAAUCUCCACCAAGUUACAAGACCUAUGAAAGAAAAAAAACAGGAAAGAAUAAAAAGCGACGUUCAGAAAAAAAGGCACCUCGGCUUCAGAGUUUGGAAUUUUGUGUGGAUGAUAUUAACUCAAACCAAAACUUAACUAAUGGCUUUCAACCUGAAACCAACGAGGACAAAGAAUUACAGCAGUUCUUAAGUGAAUCCUCAGAAGAAAUCGAGAAAGAAAAUCUCCUCCUCUACUUGUGCAGUGUGUUGCAUGAACACGGCCCACAAUCAGCAAGUGGAGAGAUUUUUCAGAAUGAGAUCAAAGCCUUGAAAGAUAACCAUAAGAAAUUACUUUCCAAAAGUGGAGGAUUGGCUAGCUUCCUCCUUCAAUCAAACAAUGUCCUACUUAAAGACCCUGAUAUUUUGUUUUUAGAAGCUGAUACCUUGACAACAGUCAUUCCUGCCACAGACCACCAUCCUUUACAACUGCAUCUCUCACAAGAAUCAGCAUCUGGUGAAGAUUUGGCCUCAAACACAUGUCCUCUUCCUUCACUUAUUCCAGAAAUGUCUGCAUCAGGCUAUGACAACCAGGAAGAAUAUGCAGCUCCAAGAAGAGGCAGCCCAGUAAAUGAAAGUAUCAGCACUUUACAGAAUCCAGUUUCUUUAACAGAUGCUGACUUUGCUAUUAUAGAGGCAAGCAACCCAGAGUUUUUUGGUGCUCAAUGUGAAAAGCCAAACAAUGUUUCUGUAUCUGUUGACGAGCCUUCUAUGGUCCCGACAGGACCUCCUAAACUAGAUUCUGUGGAAGGGAUCAAGAGAAGGAACUUACCUCCAGACAAGAGGGAAAUAAAUAUUUUGGAUCACAGUUCAUCUGAAUUGGAAGAAUCCAGUAGCAUUAGUGGGCACAGUGAACAAGAGAAAGAAACAGAAGAGGAGGAGGAAAAUGAUUUCUUUUACUCGUACAGUGAAGAAUCACCCGAAUCUUUGGAUUCAUCUGAUUCUGAGUUUCCAUACUGUGAAUUUUGUGAACACUUCAAGCCUCGUUUGGUCUUUCUGGAGGAAGAAUGCAAGAACAUUUCGGUUAAAUAUAAUGAUGAAAGAAAAAAUUGUGAAAGAGCUAAACAGAAAAUUUCUUCUCUAGAAGCACAACUAGAAGUACUUAAAGAAGAGAAUGCAAAUUUAAGAAAAAUAAUAGAAGACACUGAUUAUGUACAAACCAUGGAAGCCUCAAAUAUACCAACAGCAAUGAUUUCCAAAAGCAUCUUACGAACUGGCCGGCGCUCUUUACCUCCUCACCUAAAAGGUCCUUUUAAGCAGUCAUGUGAACCAAAAGUGGAGACUGUUCCUAUGAAUAAGCAAGAUAUCAACUUGUGCGUCAUUUGUCAUGAAGAUCUCUUACUUUUGGCUGUUAAUACUCUUCAGUGUGGCCACGUCUUUCAUGACAAUUGCAUUCGAAAGUGGUUUUUACAACAGAAAACAUGUCCAAGUUGCCGUAAACAUACACUGUUAACAGAAGAAUUCCCUCCACUUGCUUAA